AUGGACAAAAGAGCACCUCAACAAGAUGAUGUGGUGGUUGAAAAAGUAGUUCUGUCAUUUGGAAUCAAUGGUAGACAAAACAAAAGUGAUACAACAGUUAAAAGUGUGCAAGGAGCUAUCCGAUCUACCAAGAGGAGGUUUCCUUAUGCACAAGUGUGGGUCCCUUUGAUCAACUUUUCAUCAGCCCUCCCCAAUGAUGAAAAGGAAAACUUACAGAGUCUUAAUGCCCAUAUUAAAAAGAAUAUGGGUUUUAUUCCCCCGUUGCCAGAAGAAAAGUUUGUAACAACGGUGGACGAUGUUCAUUGGACAUCAGAGACUGGGGCAGCCAUGUUUGACCACUGGACGGCCUUUUUAAACUUAAGCGCCCCUUAA